CGCCGUCGCUUCUUAGUCGCUGCCUCCUUGGACGUGGGAGACGGCGGGGUUCGGCUCUCAGAGGAGAAAGUGUUUCGGGGGUUCAACAGGAAAGUUGGUUGGUCUCGUUUAAAGAGGAAUUAACGACUCCGAGUUGAAACACCGGAGGACAAGUUUGCUUCUUGAGGGGAAGGAAGACGGAACCUGGGCCGGCUGGUUUACCGGGAGGGGGGACCGACCGUGUGUAAAGUUUGCUUAUCGCAGAGAGUUCAGGUGUUCUUCCCCAGACGUGCGGCGGUAGAUCGGCUGUUCCACCAUGGCUGACACAGGUACGGGCGGUCCUGCUCCCAGUUACCCGCAGAAGCUGAAAGCCUACCUGAAGACCCAGAAGGGCUCCGUCCUCGCUGCAGAGAUAGUCCUCAGUUUCAUCGUCCUCAUCUGCUACCUUGCGUCGCCGAAAGGAGGCUACUCUGCCGUGGCUAUCUGUGAAAUGGUCUUCGCCAUAAUUUUCUUCGGGGUCUUUUCGGCGGAGCUGGACAAGCAGUUCAGUGUGGUCAACUGGGUCUGGAGUGAUCUUUUCCGUGCAGUUAUCGGUGCCCUGCUCUACAUCAUCACGUCGCUGAUCUGUGUGAUUGAUAGGAGCAGAGAUGGCGCUAUCAUCACAGGCGGGGUCUUCGGUUUGAUUGCUGGUAUCGUGUUUGCCUACGACACCUACACUAUCUAUCUGCAGAUCAAGAGUACCAGGCAUCACGCAGCAGCUGCCUCUGAUGACAGAGUCUGAACACGCCGAAGACACCGACCACUUUGUCAAGCACCCGACGGAAGAACAAACAAGAGGACGUUCACACAGGACAGGAGACAGCGGUGACGGACGGGACCCGAGUGCGGACAACAAGGUGGAUACGAAACUGAAGAGCUUACACAUCAGCCGGUACUUUGGUCCAAAUGGAGGGGAGGUUUUUUUUUUUGUUUUUGUUUUU